GCGGCGAGGCGGCGCGGAGGCCGCGGGCAGGGCGCGCUCAGCGCUUGAGCACGCUGUACACGUCCCCGCGCACGCCCUGCAGCUCCUGGCCACGCCCACCGCGCUCUUUGGAUGAACCAGCGGAGGGCAUCCCGCGCGCUGAUUGGCCCCGGCAGCGCGAAUAAACGCGGAAGCCGCGCCCUGAUUGGUGGAAUUCGGCGAGGCGGGAGCAAGGCGGGAAAAGGCGGGCGCUGAUUGGUCGGCGCCUCACGGCGGUGCGCGCGGCCUGCGGGCGCGCAAGGCAGGGCGGGAAAGGCGCGGCCUGAGGCGGCCCCGGGCGGGCGCGACCACUGCGAGCCAUGGCUCCCCCGCGCUGCAGCCGCUGCCCGCUGCCCUCGGCGCUGCUGCGCUCGCGCUCGCUGCUCCCGUUCUGCCGCCGCUGCUUCCUCAGCGCCUUCGAGGCCGAGACGCUGCAGGCGCUGCUGCAGCCGGGCCCGGGGCUGCCGCCCCGAAAUCUCGGCGUGGAACCCCAAAAAUCCGGGCUGGAACCCCAAAAUCCCGGGGUGGAACCCCAAAAAUCCGGGGUGGAACCCCCAAAUCCUGGGGUGGAACCCCAAAACCCGCGAAAUCCCGGGCUGCCGCCCCGAAAUCUCGGCGUGGAACCCCAAAAAUCUGGGGUUCCAUCCCAAAAUCACGGGGUGGAACCCCAAAAUCCCGGGGUGGAACCCCAAAACCUGCGAAAUCCCGGGCUGCCGCCCCAAAAUCCUGGGGUUACACCCCAAAAUCCUGGGAUGGAACCCCAAAAUCCAGGGGUGGAACCCCAAAAAUCCGGGUUGGAACCCCAAAACCUGCAAAAUCCCGGGAAUCCGCCCCAAAAUCCCCAGGUGGAACCCCAAAACCUGCAAAAUCCCGGGGUUCCAUCCCAAAAUCCCGGGGUUACACCCCAAAAAUCCGGGGUGGAACCCCAAAAUCCCGGGAUGGAACCCCAAAAUCCCGGGGUUCCAUCCCAAACCUCCGUGAUUUCCCCCCAAAACCCCCUGAUUUCCCCCCAGGAUUCCGGGAUUUCCCCCCAAAACCCCCCGAUUUCCCCCCAAAACCCCCCGAUUUCCCCCCAGGAUUUUGGGAUUUCCCCCCAGAAUUCUGGGAUUUCCCCCGAAAACCCCGGGAUUUCCCCCCAAAACCCCGGGAUUUCCCCCUGGAACUCCCCGAUUUCCCCCCAGGAUUCUGGGAUUUCCCCCCAAAACCCCGGGAUUUCCCCCCAGAAUUUCGGGAUUUCCCCCCAAAACCCCGGGAUUUCCCCCCGGCACCCCGGGCCCUCCCCCUCGCCGGCCCCGCGGCGGCGCCCCCGGCCGGGCGACGCGGUGGCCGUGGCGGCCUCGGGGGGCAAGGACUCCACGGUGCUGGCGCACGUGCUGGCGCGGCUGGGCCGGCGCCUGGGGCUGCGCCUGGCGCUGCUGGCCGUGGACGAGGGCAUCGCGGGCUACCGGGACGCGGCGCUGCGGGUCCUGCGCGCCGCCGGCGCCGCGCUGCCGCUGCCGCUGGCCGUGGUCUCGCACCGCGAGCUCUUCGGCUGGGCCGUGGACCAGCUGGGGCCGGCGCUGGGCCGGCGCAGCCGCUGCACCGUGUGCGGCGUGUUCCGCCGGCACGCGCUGGAGCGCGCCGCCAGGGAGAUGGGCGCCGACUGGAUCGCCACCGGCCACAACGCCGACGACGUGGCCGAGACGGUGCUGAUGAAUUUCCUGCGCGGCGACGUGGCGCGGCUGCGGCGCGCGGCCAACGAGGCCUGGGGGGCCACCAACGAGGCCACCGUGGCCACCAACGGCAACGAAGCCUGGGGGGCCACCCAGGGACCCACCGCGGCCACCGACGAGGCCUUGGGGGCCACCACAGACGCCAACGGGGCCACCGAUGUCAGUGGGGCUACCGAUGAGGCCACCACGGCCGCCAACAGGACCGUGGCCACCAGUGAGGUCUCAGGGGCCACCAACGAGGCCUUCACAGUCAGCGAGGCCGCUGUGGCCACCAACGCGGUCAACGCGGCCAAUGACAGCAACGAGGCCACCAAUGAGGUCGCCGUGGCUACCAAGGAGGCCACUGUGGCCACCAGGAGCUCCAGGGAGGUUCCUCCACCCUCGGUGGCCUCCAGUGGCCCAACGGAAGCCAACGAUGGCCAAAGGAAGCUCGUGGGAGAGCCAAGGGAUUGUCCCAGAAACCCAACGGAAUUCCAUGAAAACCCAACGGGAAUUUUGGGAAACUCAACAAGACCCAACCAAAACCCAACGAAACCCAACGGGAACUCAAUGAAAGUCAAUGAGACCCCAACGAAACCCAACGAGAACCCAACGGAACGCAACAAAACCUCAACAGAACCCAACGAGAACCCAACAAAACCCUCGGAAAACUCAACCAAACCAUUGGAAAACACAACAGAACCCAACAAGAACCCAACAAAACCCAACAAAAUGUCAAUGAAACCCAACGAGAGCCCAACAAAACUCAACGAAGACCCAAGGAAACCCAACGAGAACUCAACGAAACCCAACGAGAACCCAACCAAUCCCAACGCAAACCCAACCAAACCCAACAGGAACCCAAGGAAACCCAACAGGGACCCAACCAAACCCGCCAAGCCCUCGAGGAAGCCCAGCGCGGCGGCGCCGUGGCCGACGGUGCCGCGGCUGAAGCCGCUGCGGCACGCGUCGCAGAAGGAGAUCGUGCUCUACGCGCACUUCCUGGGGCUGCCCUACGCCAGCGCCGAGUGCCGGCACGCGCCGCUGGCCUUCCGCGGCCACCCGCGGGCGCUGCUCAAGGAGCUGGAGGCCGCGCGGCCGGCGGCCGUGGCCGCGCUGGCCCACUCGGGCCGGCGGCUGGCCCUGGGGGCGGCGCCGGGCGCGGGGGCGGCGCCGGGGGCCUGCGGGCGCUGCGGCGCCGUGGCCAGCGGGGAGCUGUGCAUGGCCUGCGUCCUGCUGGCCGCGCUCGACCGCGGCCGGCCCAAGCUGGCGCUGGGCAAGCGCGGCCUCAGGGUGGCUACCGAGGGCGGGAGGAUGAGGGUGGUGGCUACUGGGGGGGAGGUGAUCUAG